GAAACUUUAAUGAUCUCUGGUGGUGUGAUUUUUAUUACGUAUUUCCGGGUUAAAUUCUGAUAGCGACAUUCUCUGAAUUCUUAUCCUGAGUCAUAUGCAGAAUGUUUUCCAGAACGUUGCUAGUGGCAGAUUUGUUGCUAAUUGUCUGUUGUGUUGCCCAAGCUAUUGCAGAAUUUGCCUUGGAUGAUGACCUAGUUAGUGUACCUGGUGGGACAUUUGGAAUGGGAACGAACUCACCUGAUUCCAGAGAUGGAGAGGCACCUGCCAGAGAGGUGAAAGUAAAGCCAUUUUCAAUUGACAAAUAUCCUGUCACUAACAAAGAUUUCAGAGACUUUGUUAGGGCAACAAAGUACAAAACAGAAGCAGAAUCAUUUGGCUGGAGCUUUGUCUUUCAAGAUCUAGUAUCAGAAGAACUGAAAAGCAGAGUAACACAGAAGAUUGAGUCAGCUCCUUGGUGGCUGCCAGUAGAGAAGGUGUUUUGGCGACAGCCUGCAGGGCCGGGGUCUGGCAUUAAAGAUAAAUUGAAUUAUCCUGUGGUCCAAGUCAGCUGGAAUGAUGCACUGAUGUUCUGCAUGUGGAAGGGAAAAAGGCUGCCAACAGAAGAGGAGUGGGAAUUUGCUGCACGAGGAGGAUUGGAAGGUAAGACCUAUCCAUGGGGAAAUGGUUUUAAAACAAAUCGCAGUAAUCUGUGGCAGGGUAAAUUCCCAGAUCUGGAUACUGCCGAAGAUGGAUACCAUGGCACAUCUCCUGUUACUGCCUUUCCACCUCAGAACAUCUAUGGUCUUCAUGAUAUGCUAGGAAAUGUGUGGGAAUGGACUGCUACAGAGUAUCAUCCUCAUAGUCGGCCAGUGGCAAGGAAUGGCGCUCAGAAAAUGUUUGUCUUGAGGGGAGCAUCCUGGAUUGACACUGCCGAUGGAACAGCCAAUCAUAAAGCUCGAGUUACUACCAGAUUUCCCUUAUUGGAUACCUAUUUUCGGCAUAUUAAGAGACCAGUCUUAUUUCAAUAAGUAACAGCAUAUAACUAUUUUCAAUCAUGUGGUUUAUUCAGAAAAUGAAUGGUGAGUGUCUGCGAACACAGCAUAUAUUCAAUGGGCAUCUGCAAUCUAAACACAAUAUUUCCUUGCUACAGACUGCAUUCUUCUCCCUACAAAUCAAUUCCUUUUUUUCUUGCGGGGUGGCAUUUCUGAGCUGUUAAGCUUCCGCAAUACACACCAUGUUGGGUGUGCUAGAAACCUCACAACACUUUCAGCAGGAAUUUGUCUUUAUACUGCCUGUUACAUUUUAAGAUUUUGGAGCCAGGAAAAUCUUACAUUGCAAAACAUUUACAGCCUUACUUUUCUUUAUGUCAGUGACCACAGUGGUCCUAAACCUAAACCUACUGAGUCUGUGGGGUUACACAUGACUUUUAUUACGUAGUGUCAGCUAUAUAUAAAAGACCAGGUAUGGGUGGAAUUUCAGAAAAUAUGAUUAAUCCGGUUGAAGAAGAAGAAGAGGCUCAUAACAGCAUGUUUACAAGGUGAUAACACAACCCAGACAGUGCCAUCGCACAACAUAGCUGAUAUUCUGAAAACAGAUUAUGAAAGCAAGCAGUAAUUCUCAGUACUUCUGUUCUAAGUAAAUAAACAGAAUAAACUGAAGGGCAGAGAUGGUCAUAAUAAUGACAUUAUGUGUAUCCAUGGCGCACUUUGCGGGAAGGAGAAUGCUUAGCACCCCCCCCCCCAAGGAUAUCUUGUCAGUAUAGCUGCUGUCAUCAGGCUAGUUAGUUGACUUAUAGAGCUGCAUGACAUUAAUACUGAGAAAAGAAAAGUUUUUGUUUCAGGUUUUGGCCAUGGCGGUAUUUUAAAAUGACUCCACCAUGUAAAAUUGCUGUUGCCAGGGCUACUAGCUUUUGAUUGACUAUUUCCUAUUGUGUGCAAAAUUCUAAAGACACCUGUUAGUAGUCAAGGACUGUUUAUGUUUUCUCCACUAACUGUGUAACAAGAAGGAUUUGUGUAUUCUUACACUGACAUACUAAGGUAUUUGCUGAACUCAUACCCUCAGUUUUAUUUGAAUUCAUGUAUAUAUUGUUGCUUAACAAUGUUAAUGUCUUUUAUCUUGCUGUACUGCUUCUUGCCUAAAUUGUAGCUAAAAAGGGUGCCUGAACCAGCCUUGGUACCAGUUAGCAGAUAUUUAAAUAAAAAAUGCAACCAGGCUUUUUAUAUGGCAGUAAUCUACUGUCUAGAACAAUAUCGUAUUUUCACUUUAUAAUUAAAACCACCUAGCAGAACAGCAUAGACAAGCAAGACUUGUGAGCUUCAGCUACUAGAACCAGGAUUAAUUCCUUCACUCUAUACUAGAAUAUUGUGUGACUGUCAAAAAUAUCAUAUUUAUAACGAAGAUUUAAAAAAAAUAUAUAAGAGACUUCAGUAUGUGUGAAAUGUGUUUAGUGUAAUAUAUGAAUUUUUAAUUUUAACAUUUUUUAUAGCUGUAGGUUUAAGUUUAAUUUCAUGGAUUACUUAGUUAAUUAGUUUUUAGUUAAUUUAAUGUUUUUGAUACUUAUUAAAAUGUUGACUUAAUAAAUAAUGGUUUUACUGUGGGUAUAUAAGGACUAGGAAGUGAUAUAUUGAUUCUGAAGAAGUUCUGUUCUUAAUGCUGGGAACAAAAGCCCUUAAU